AUGUACUAUACGAUCGUGGAACUGCUGGAGAGUAUCAAUAUGAUCUUGCCGGCUGUGCCAUCCUUCACGCACUGCGUCGCACAUAGCCUGAUGCGCAACGAGUCGAUAACUAAAGCUGGAUCAACAGGGAAAGUAUUCAGGGCGAAGAGCACUGCAUGCAAGCAGCUGCAUUAUGAUCCGAGUCUGCUCCCGGAAACUGCAGCGCUUUCCCAUUUGCCGCUGCCCGAUGAGCGUCCUCGACAGAGCGUUGCCAACCUCAUUGGACGGUUCGAGCAGCAGAACAAACGGCAGUCGGUGACUCCAACGCCCCCUCGGACAUCGAGCGUUGCAUCUCAUCAUACAGGCGAUUCCGUGAAGGAGGAGAUCAAGGAAAAGCGCGAAUGGCCACCAAAGCCAAAAUCUGAAGUGAUCGAGACGAGUAGACAUAUCACCGAGUCGCCUCGAAACACAGACGACGGCAAAGGGCAGGUGCAGCCGGAUGCACUCAUGCCCGCGGUGGAGUCCCAGGAAGUACCCCCACCUCCCCCACCAGAAGUGGCAGUGCCGAUUGCAAAACCUAUACCAACACGACAGUCGAGCGUGGGCUCUAUUACUAUGCCUACACGAACACCUGGUACACCGUCGAAGACCGCGUCAUCCCGGUCGAGCAUAACCACAACGCGCACCCCGGCUCGCCCUGCAGCCAAGUCCCCACCCACUUCAUUCCACGGCGCACCCUCUGGUUCCACGUCCUCCUCGACACCUGCGAAGGCCCCCGCUUCUACUAAGUCGACUUCAACCUCUACCCCAUCCCGUCCGCGCCCUUUAUCUCGUGCUUCAAUCACGCCGGCGCGCUCCAAGACGCCGUCGCUCCGACCCAAGACGCCCUCCUCUGCUGCAACAAUCACGCCUACGACACCUGGGCGCCCCAAGACGCCCGCCUCAGGUCUCUUUGCGCCCACAGCGGCGUCGCUUGCAAAAGCGCGCAACGCAGCAGAGCCUGUGCCCGUUCCAGUCAGGAAACUAAGUUCCGGACCGGGAGUGAUGGAGCGUCUGAGCAAGCCCACAGCGGCUAGCCUGAGCAAGUCAGUGGUCCCGUCGCCGACACGGGGCGGCAGUCCCGCACGAGGAACGACGAGGGGCGCGACUGUGAGAGGUGCGCAUGCAACAAGAGGGACCGUAGCCACCCGGGGGACUGCGUUACCAAAGGGUGCGACUAUGAAGAUGCGAGGUGCUGCGGCGGGCGCAAAGAUCAAGGCUGCACCAGGUGCGCCGGUGGUAGCUCAGUCUUCCGAUUUGGGAGGUGAACAGCAGGGAGCGAUCGAAGAACAUCACGAUCAUGUAGAGGAGCCCGAGAUCCUCGCCAGCCCGAUUGAACAUGAUCAAGCGACGCACGAACUCGAGAGCUCAGAAAGCACACUCAUCGACGAACCCCAGCACGCCUUGAUAGGUCUUACGGAUGAACCUACCGUACACGUGGCAGCAGAAGAGACUGCUGAGGUCAUCCUGAACGCUAAGGAGGAAGACUUGGAGGCAGAGGCGGCUCAGCUGGUUGAGCCAGAGGAGUUUCACGAGGAGGCGGCCGCCAAGGAACUAGCUGAGGCGCAUCAUGAGGAUAAGCAAGAGCCUGCAGAAGUAGAAAUUCUAGCAGAGGCACGAGAGGAGUCGCAUGUCGAACCCGAGGAAACGGAGGCGGUCCCCGCGCCCGAAGAACAUGUGGAGCCAGAAAGCCACCAACUCGCCCCAGAGCCGGAUGCGGCUCAUGUAGAAGAAUCCGCUCAACCAGAAGUGGAGGUUCCAGACGCAAUUUUGCAUGUUGACGGUGCCUCUACACCGACGCCUAUAGGGGGAAAGGGAACAGACUUAGAGGAUUUGAUUCAUAUGCUCGAGGCACAGCCGCGCCCGGUGAGCGUCGUCAGCAUCCCUGACGAGGUGAUGGAUAUACCCGAUGAAGAUUAA